CAAACACUUUACAAUUGGAGGGAAAUAAGAAAGUCAGAAGCACUCCGGCAGGCGGCAACCCAACGACGGUCGACAACAGGUGGCUUUACCAAGGCGUCGACUCGGCGAGAACCCUUCUGCGGUUCCACCUUCGACCCUGCUUCAGACUUGGCUACUUAUCUAAUAUUCUCUGCCUCUCCGGCCCCACUGGAUUGAAAGCUAGAUCCACCCCUGUUGCCGAUUAGAGUGAGCUGCCGACUAGAAAAUGUUAUGGAGUUCUAGACACCUAUUCAAACUAUCACACAGAUCAACGAAAUGCGGGUUUCUCCUAUCAACUAAUGAUUUUCUGAUGAACACUCAUCAAAAUUCUUUCUCUACUAUUCCUGGGAGUUCCAAAGUUAUCCUCACCCCGCAAGUUGUACAAUCCACUAUAUUGAAUUGUCAUUCUGAUCUAGUUGCUCUUUCCUUCUUCUUUUGGUGUGCUAAGCAACCUAAUUACUUCCAUGACAAGGCAACUUGUGUUCACGUGGUUAAUAUAGUCUCUCGCCUCACUCAGAGGUUUGUAACCAUAAAAGGUGUUCUAGAGGAAUUGGAGAAUGUUGGUACUUUGAUAAAACCACAAGUUUUAUUACUUCUAUUGAAAAUUUUCUGGCUUGGAAGAAUGCACAAUAUGGUCAUUGAGGCUUUUGGAGAGAUUCUCAGGUAUGGCUACAAGCCAAACACAUUUUCUAGGAACAUAUUGAUGGAUGUAUUGUUCAAGGUUGGUUGCGCAAGUGUUGCACUUCAAGUUUUGAAGGAGAUGGAGUCACCAAAUUUCCUAACCUUCAGCAUUUCCAUCAGCCAUUUGUGUAAACUCAAUGAUAUGGUUAAUCUCCAUUAUGUACUUAGGACCAUGCUGAGGAAUGGAUAUUAUCUUAACCCCGAGACAUUUUCGUCUGUUUUGAGCUCUUAUUGCGAAUCAGGUCAAUUAUCAAAGGCUACCCAAUUAUUAGGUCUUAUGAUUGUCUUGGGUGUUCCUACAUGCGUCAUUGUUUGGAGUAUAGUAAUAAAUGGAUAUUCUAAAUUCGGCAAACUUGAUUUUGCCAAUCAUUUGCUAAAUAAGAUGGUGUCUAGUGGAUGCAUGCCAAAUAUGGUCACAUGCACAUCUUUGGUAAAGGGAUACUUGGAAUCUCAGAUGCCUAACAAAGCUUUUAAGAUCCUAGACACCAUGAAGUCCAUAGGGUGCUUCCCCGAUUUGAUUAUGUGCAAUGUUCUUAUACAUUGUCUCUCAAAGACAGGGAAUUAUGAUGAAGCAAUUGAUGUUUUCUGUAGUUUAGGGGAACGAGGGUUGACCCCUGAUCCUUACACACUUUCCUCUAUCAUGUCAACGGUUUGUUUAUGCAAAGAAUUCACCCUCUUGCCUAUACUCAUCAAUGGAUUGGAUAUACAUGCCGACUUAGUUGUUUGUAACUCCUUUCUAAGCUUUUUUUGCAAAGCCGGUUACCCUAAAGGUGCUGUUGAGUUUUAUAACGACAUGAUAUAUAGAGGUUUCCAACCGGACAAUUAUACAUUUGCAGGAUUAUUGAGUGGGUUAUGCAGGUUAGGCAAGACAUCUCAGGCUAUUGAUGUGUAUCAGGGUAUGGUUAAGAAUCAAGAUGUGCUAGAUGCUCAUAUUCACACUGUGAUCAUUAAUGAACUUAUAAAAUCUGGUGAAUUUCACCAAGCCAUCAGAUUAUUCAGGCAAGCCGUGGAAGAGAAACUCAAUCUGGAUGUUGUUUCAUAUACUGUUGCUAUUGAUGGAUUAGUCAAAAGUGGUCUUGUUGAAGAUGCGUAUGUAGUGUUUAGCAUGAUGAAAGAAAUUGGUUUGGCCCCAAACAUAUACACCUACAGUUUUAUGCUAUCUGGAUUGUGUGAGAAUGUAGAUGUUAGUACCAUAAAAAGGAUACUUGUUGAGAUGGUUAAUGGAGGCAUUGAGCUUAACCAUAUUACUUUCAGGUUAAUGAAGAACAUUCUGCGCAAAAGACGCCAUUCAAGUCUAGUACUUAAUCUAUUCACGGAGUUGUGUGAUAAAGUUGUUCAUGAUUUACUUGUUCUUGACACUAACACAUUCAGUUCUGAAGACAUUCUUGAUGUGGCUGCUUCAGUAGGUUGAGCGCGGGUCCCACGAACACAAAUUGUAAAGAGUUUGCUGUCUCUUAGGGGUUGGAAAUCAGCAGAGAGUCCUAUCUCCAGAUGAAGCUCCAAUUGGUUCCCCAUUUCUUAUUUUAAACCCUUAUUGAAGUGGAAAGCACUUUGGUUGAGAACAUAUAAUCCAUCCUUUCAAAAAGAAGACUCUUGUUGGCAUGUUGCAUCAAUGUAGAAGUAUUUAAUUGUGACUCACAUGAAACACAAGAAUGAGAGGGACACAAUUAUCAAGGGACUUCAGACGGUGAACUCAGCAAAGUUGCUCUGAGCCUCAUGAAUCAAAUAAAAUUGAGACAUGCAGACUGUGUGAAGGAUUCAGAGCAUAAAAAGGUGGUCUCUGUAUUCAUUGUUUCAAACAAGUUUAUAUAAAAGGGUUGCUCAGCAUUCUUGGUUUAUCCAUAAACUCAUAAAGGGCAGUGAGAAGUGAAAACCAUUAUUUGUCCAAGUAGGGCCAAUUUUUUUAUGCUCUGUCAUAAAUGCAAAAUGAUGUAAUUUGGAUUAGCUUGCAUGGAUCAAACUUGGCGAUUACUACAACAGCAUGGAGUCACUUUGAGAAUGCGAAUAACCGUUGUAAAGAGAUGGAGGCCAGCCUACAUGCUAAAUCAGAGAUGAAGAGCGGCCUUUUAAAGCAGAUUGAAGAGAAGAAGCUUGAGCUUGAUGGACUUGAACUUGAAGUGUCUAAUGUUAAUUUUGCUCUCAUGGAUGAGAAGGAACAUGGAAUGCAAGCUGAAUUGGAGAGGAAGAAUCGUCAAAUUGAAGAACGAAAGUUUCCAAGUAGUAUUCAGCUUAAGAAGAGUGAUAAGUUUAAGUUAGAUAAAAAAAUCGAAGAGCUUAAGCGUGAAAGAGACCGUAUGGUUUUUUAUUCCGAUGACAGAGCUAUACUCUCCCUUAAGAAGGCGGAACUGGAAACCAAGAAAAAGAUACACAAGAUAGUUGAUGAAUGCCAGGAUAGGAUUAAAGAAUUGAUGAAAGGAAAGCUUCCUCCAGACAAGGAUUUGAAGAAAGAAGUUAGACAAGUCCAGAGCACUCUUCACAAAGAAAUUGAAGACUUUAGUGUAAAAGCUCGUGAUGCAGAGAAGAACUUAAAUAUGGUGCAGGCAAAGAUUGAUGGAGUCAAUGAUAACUUAUACAAACUUAACAAGGAAGCGGAAUCAACGGAUGAAGGCAUCAUACACUGGUGAUAAAUUGAGUGCAUUGGCUGCGGUACAUGCUGAAUCUCAGUUCCAGCAAUUGGAUAAGCUACGUACGUUUUAUGAAGAGUAUAGGAGUAUAUCAAAAUAGGAAAGGAGUCAAUCCGUCUAGCAGAGAAAAAGUUGAAAGAGCUUGAAGAAUAGUUGGAGAAAAAAAUCAGGCUCUUGAUGAUGUAAUAUACCUUGGUGAUAUUUCUUAAUUUUCUUUUGAGAUGUAGUCUUUCCUUCUAUCACAUCCUUUGAUGAAUUUCGCUCUAGACUUUAGGAACUAGUGCUUGCCUCGCCUUGGCACCACUGUGAUGAUGAUGUAGCAUUGUCCUUGUUGAAAAGGAAGCGAGAGAUGUUGGCCAAAAAUAUACUCCCUCCAUAACAUUUAUAUCUUCU